AACUAAUAAAGCUUCUUGUCAUUUCUCGCACAACAAGAGACUAAUUGGAAAGUGAACAAUGGACAGAACUAUUUUGUUUUUAACUAUUUUUUGGACAGCAUUGGCAUUUAAUCUUGUAGGUGGCGACUCUGCUAACCCAGUGGUGUCUACACAGUUCGGUCUCUUAAGGGGCAGUGUAACCCAGGUGAAAGGAACUGAGCGACUAAUUCACCAGUACCUCGGAAUCCCAUUUGCCAAACCACCGCUUGGACCGUUGAGGUUCUUCGCUCCGCAGCCUCCCGAGCCGUGGACCGGAGUACGAGAUGCAAGUCAGCAGCCUGCCGUAUGUUUACAAAAUGUGGAUAUCAUGGUUAAGUUAAUAGGAGAUUUAAAAAUAACAUUAACAAAGCCAGCUGUUUCUGAGGACUGCUUGUACUUAAAUAUCUAUGCCCCAGCGGAAGCAGGAAGGGAAUCAAGAUUACCAGUCAUGAUAUGGAUUCAUGGAGGAAGUUUCAUAUUUGGUGGGGCUGUCCAAUAUGAUGGAUCGGCCCUUGCUGCCUAUGAGAAUGUGGUGGUGGUGGUGAUACAAUACAGACUGGGCAUUAUGGGAUUUUUUAGUGCAGAUCAAGCAGUAAAUCAACAACAAUAUCACAUCUCUACUACAACUGCAAUUGAAAAUGUUCAUCAAGAACAAGAACUGAGAAGAUGAAAUGUUACAAAUUGUAGUUUAAUUUCUGCCUCAUUCAUAUGGGUUUAAUGAAAACAUCUAUUUGGUCCAUUAUUAACAAACAGCAUAUUCAACCAGUGAAAUUAAUCU